AUCGAUUUAAAUAAGAAACGCUGCACGUGUGAGAAAGUUUUUUACUAUUUUCCACUUUCGAGAAUUCAACAGCUUGUCACGUUUUGACUUGUUUCUUUCCUGAAUUGUAAUACGUAUCUAUAGGUAUUCGAUAAUCGAUCACCUGUCAUCGAUUCAUAGCCACAAAACUGCGAGGUUAUACGAACGAGAUGGUGAAAAAUUCUAUCAAAGUCUACGCCAGAUUGAAACCAGAACAAAAUCGGAAAAGCAUAGUGAAUUAUCAGGUCUUGCAUCGUCCCAAAGAAAAUCUCGAGGAGGAUUUCUUGGUUCUAGUUUCUCCAGUCCAAAGAAUAAAAGAUUAUCCCGACAAUCGUCCCGAGUCGUGGAAUUUCUCCUUUUUUCGAAUAUUUGAGGAAUCCGCAACGCAAGAAGACGUAUUCGAAAGUGUUGCACGAUCCGUAGUGGAAAGUGCUCUCGAUGGUUACAACGGUACCAUUUUCGCCUACGGCCAGACCGCCACUGGGAAAACGUACACGAUAACCGGCAGUCUGGAAAACGAAUGUCGUGGUAUCAUACCGAGAACUUUGCAAUUCCUGUUCGACGCGAUACAAAAGCGACCGGAAAACGUGUAUUCCAUCGAGGUGGCAUAUCUGGAGAUUUACAAUGAAACCGGCUAUGACCUGAUAGAUCGGAAGCACCAACGAGACUUCGCGGUUACGAGAUUGGAAGAUUUACCACGUAUCAGUAUUCGAGAAGACGAGGCUGGGAAAUUACACUUGAAGAAUUUGACUUUUUAUUGCGUUAAAAACUUGGAGGAUGCAUUCGAAUUACUCGUGCUAGGCGAUCAUAAUCGGGUUACCGCCGAUACACCGAUGAAUCUUCAGUCAUCGAGAUCACACUGCAUCUUUACCAUCGUAGUUUCUACGAAGAAGUUCGGCGCUGAACAAUACAAGCGAGCGAAAGUACAUCUCGUCGACCUAGCAGGGUCCGAACGUGUCUACAAAUGCUCGAUAACUGGCACCAUUCUGACCGAGGCGAAGCACAUUAACCUGAGCCUACAUUACUUGGAACAAGUCAUAGUGUGUCUGGGUCAGGAGAGCGCAGGUCACAUUCCUUACAGGAAUUCCUUAUUGACGUCGAUUUUGAGAGACAGUUUAGGUGGAAACUGUCUGACUACUAUGUUAGCGACCAUAAGCCUUUGCACUUUUAAUUUAGAGGAAACAGUAUCAACGUGCAGAUUCGCUCAACGAGUAGCUCUCAUUAGGAAUGACUUGAAACUAAAUUUGGAGACAGACAUUCAGAGUGAAAAUGCGUUACUCAGAGCGGAGAAUGAGAGACUCAAGCAAGAAAUCAAAGCCUUGACGAGGCAAACUAUGUGUGAAGAGCUUACAGCUGCAGAUAAAAGAAAUCUCGACCAUAAGAUCGGGAGCUUUUUGGAAUCGAAUAAACAAGUCAUUUGGGAUUAUAAUCCUAAGAAAGUAGAAUAUUGUUUCGAAAGUUUCAAGCGAGCUUUCGAAUUGAGCAAGGAUCCAAAGUGUUACCUGAAGAAAGUGGAAUAUUAUAAGGAUCUGGUUAUUCAAAGGGACAAAGAAAUUUCAUUGUUGAUCGAUAAAAUGAAAAGGGAAAGGAAUCAACGAUCGAUACAAUCAAAUGAUGAUAGGUUUACGACUAAUAAUAUCGAGAACGAUAAUCAAAAAAUGAUACAGAAUUCCCUAAGUAAUCGUACACCGUUGAAAAACAAAAAACGAAGACCUAAAAUUAGUAAUGAAACCAAACCUGAUUGCAGUACUGAUGUUUAUGAUAAUGAUCCAGAAUUGAAAAACAAGUCAAUAUCCAUUGAUACAUUUACGCCAGAGUUAUUGCCUUGCAAUAUCGUUAAUUUAACAUUAAGUGAUUUAACCGAGGAUAAAGAUCAAGCAAUUGAUCAGAGAACAGGUGAUAAAACUGAUGACACGAAUCAACAGUCCUUACGCAAAUCUGAAAGAGGGCAAAAAAACGUUAGGAAAAAACAUAAUCAUACUAAUCAUAUAGAAUCAAAAGUGAAACAGCAGAAUCCUGUUGAAUUAUCAAGUGCGAAAGCGAAAAUUGUAACUCAGGAAGCUUCAUUUGUGGAGGCAGAUAAUUCAGCUCCAAUUUAUCAAAAGUUCUUAAGCUUCAAUGCUAAUAAUCCAGAAAGCCCUUUGACUCUACAGGAAAACAAAGCAGAAAGGGAUGAUUUCGAGCGAAAGUCUAAUUCGGAGGCAAAAGACAAACAAUUUGAGGAUUCAUUGCCUUUGACAGGGGAUCCAGAAAUCGACGAAGAAAUCAUAGCGUUCUACAAAGCGAAACGAUCUGGAGGUAUUUACUAGUCAGUUUUUCAAGAUGCUGGUUACAAUAUAAGAAAUCAUAAUAGAGUAGGCAAGAAUGCAGUAUUAUUUAUCGAAUAUGCUUAUAAUUGAAACAUACAAUUAAUUAUAAUGUAAUACAGUUUUAUAAAGUAUAAUGAAUAUUAAUUAAUUCUAACUCUCGUACAUACAUAACUACAAUAAAUA